AUGGGGCACUUUAAUAAGUUCCGGGGGAUGGAAACAGGUCAAAUCGUAGCCAUACACCUUGAGACGACGCGUUCUCGCAGUGUGACUUUUCGCUCUCCAGACUUCCACUCCAUCUCACUCCGACGGCUACAACACGACCAGUUCCAGGGUGGUUCCGAUGAGAAACUCACAGCUAUCUCUUGGAUAUUGAACGUGACCUGCGAACGCGUCCGAGCUGUCAUUUCCACGAAUGGAAACCGCCGAAACCCCCCAAUAUUGGUCCCUGAACAACCACCUCCAUUUGACCAGGUACGAAAACUCCACUUUGAGAGGCAGAAUGAUGAUGGCUGUAAAGAGAGCAUAAUAAAAGCCGAGGCCUACUUCACAGACCAGAGUAUAGUCGGACUAGUCUUUGUCUAUACGUCAGGUAAAACAGUGAGCACAGGUGAGCUCGAUACCAAGGCCCGUCAAACAGUUCACUUUGCACCGGGUGCUCGCAUUGUUGGCUUGUCAGCUGCUUUUGAGAGUAUAUACCGCAAGAUUAUUGAAAUUGAGUUUGAGGUUGAACGGAAUGAGCAGCCCCGGGGUCGGUGCGAGAAGCUUGAGCUUUCCAUUGCUCCGGCCGGUGACCGGCGCAGUAUCUUGAAUUCUUACCAGCGAGAUGUGUGGUUUAAGAAUAAUGCGUCUGCGAGAAGCUACAAAUGGGUCUUUGAGGGUGACAAAGUAUACAAGCCCCCGAGUGGGUCGAGGCUUGUUGGUAUCUAUAUGGGCUGUCAGGAGCUCUCUCGUAUUGGAGCAUUAUACGAGCCCAAUGUUUCUCAAUAG